CAAUAACCGGAUAAGAAGAUAAUUGCACUUAAUUCCAGAAACACUAAACGGAUAUUCUAAAUAAACCGGUUCCUCUCAGCUGGGUCAUCUCUACAACCCGAUUACCCGAAAAAGCUCUGUAAUGCAGCACCUCGUAAUCCAAAUUCCACGUUUACGUCCUCUCCCGCCGUCCACACAAUGCUUCUUUCCGGCAACAGUGAGUUCGUCUCCGUCGGUUUUCACGGCGAAGCCUCUCAGUCUCCGGCAAUUCAACUUGCCAGAGCUAAUAACCAACAACAAGAGUGUAAAACUUCGGUUCAUUAGAUGUAUGGCGAAUCCUCGGAGAGUUAAAAUGGUGGCUAAACAGAUACAAAGAGAGCUCUCCGACAUGUUGCUUACGGAUAAGGUGUUACAGUACGCUGUUCUACCUGAAGCUGCUCUUGGUGCGGAUCGAUACCUUUCUUCGCUUACUACUAUCAGUGAUGUUGAAGUUUCAACGGAUUUGCAGGUUGUAAAGGUCUAUGUCUCUGUGUUUGGAGAUGAAAGAGGUAAAGAAGUGGCUUUGUCUGGCUUGAAGUCAAAAGCAAAAUAUGUAAGGAGUGAGCUAGGGAGGCGAAUGAAGUUGCGACUGACUCCCGAGAUUCGUUUCAUUGAAGAUGAGUCCAUUGAACGGGGAAGCAGAGUACUUGCUAUAUUGGACAGGAUUAAGGAUGAGAACGAGAACAAGAAUGCACCAUCUGGAGCUUCUGAUAACAAUGACCAAAGCGAUGAUGAUGGGGAUUGGGAGGGCGACGACCCUGAUGAGGAAGGCAUUAUUUAUGUGAAAUAGCUCUCACUACUGCUCUCUAAAAUACACCGACUUUGGACUAGUCAAAAGAUGCGUUGCGUCGUGGGUGGAGGAGUUUCCUCAGCGAUGCAAAGAACAUUUGCGCAGGUUCCAAAUUGUGGAAACCUUAUUGAACUAUGUUCAGAACUUUCUAGCUAGUUUCUUUUCUUGUUUCAGGUAUAAUUCAUGUCUGAUAAUACGAAUCAGUUAAGUAGUAUUACUUGGCCUUUCCAUGCACGAGCUCUGCCUUUGCCUCUCCAUUUCAACUUAAGCAAGUUUACUA